UUUCCAGUUGAACGCAACCAACUCUACUAACUCGAAAGUGUUGAUCGCCACUGCCUCCUACCACCGCAAGCCCCCUAAUCUCACUUGUCACAAUCCCUCUCUCCCUACUUCCUCUGCUGCCGCCUCCUUUCGCUUCCCCUUUUUCUUAGUUCUACGCCUUUUACUAAGGCCUUUCAAUCUCUCCAGCACAGGAACCAUUUCGGACGAGGAGCACCCACUUCGUCCAAGUCCGACGUCGCAGCUUGCAAAACCUAUCCCUUCCCAGGCCGUUACCAUUCAUACGAACGGUCAUUAUCAUCAAGUGCAGCCCUUGCAAGGUGUCCUUUUCUUCUAUAUCUUCAUCCAUCAUCCCGCAAGGGAAGGUCUUCAUGCGUUUUACUGGAAUUCCUCCACUUCCUGUAAAAGUCAUUUACUAUUUCACACGAUUCUAGUUUUGGCUGGCAUUUUCACAAACAUCUGGGGGGAUACCACAUUUUCGCGAUCCUCUCACUACUCAACUGCUUAAGGUGCAACAUUUGAUACGUUGAUGGCCACCACAAGACUUGUUAAACUCGCUUCCGGUUUUUUGGAUGAAUUGCCUGCUUAUUUGUCGUGGAGAGUCAUCAAUUGUUGGUCCAAGAAUCAGUAUCGAUUUAUGACCAGCAGUAAGCGUGUACAAGACCGAAGCAAGAACAAACGGGUGCACGACUUGGAAAUCGUAACCGAGAAGUGGAAGAUAGCCAACAAGGUUCUCUUCUUAAUGGAGAUUCUAAAGAAAGAGCCUGAGAUGAUCAUUCCCGUCCGAUCACUGUACCAGUACCGCAGGCAGAUCAACCUCCCAAAGCCCCACAAGAUCUCAGAUUUCAUUCGCAAAUCCCCGAAACUCUUCGAAGCCUACAAGGAUCGAAACGGCGUGUUAUGGUGCGGAAUGACCAAGCGAGCCGAGGACCUGGUGGAAGAGGAGGAGAGGAUAAUCGAUGAGCACGAAGACAAGGCGGCUGAGCAUGUGACGAGGUUUCUAAUGAUGUCGGUGGAUAAACGGCUUCGUUUGGAUAAAAUUGCUCAUUUUAGACGAGACUUUGGCUUGCCAAUUGAUUUUCGUUGCACCUGGGUGCACAAAUAUCCUCAGUACUUCAAGGUGGUUAAAUGCAACGACGAUGAGAUUGAGCAUUUGGAACUUGUUUCUUGGAACCCAGCUUGGGCUGUUACGGAGUUGGAGAAGAAGGCAAUGGGGAUGAGUGAAGUUAACAACUAUGCUCAUACCCCUGGAUUACUUUCGCUUCCUUUUCCUUUGAAGUUCCCUCCCAAUUACAAGAAAGUGUAUAGAUAUGGAGGAAAGAUUGAUCACUUUCAAAAGAGGUCUUAUCUGUCCCCAUACGCCGAUGCCCGGGAACUCAAACCCGGAUCACUAGAGUUUGAUAAGAGGGCGGUAGCCAUCAUGCAUGAGCUGCUUAGCUUUACAGUUGAGAAGAGAUUGGUGACUGAUCAUCUUACGCAUUUUCGCCAGGAGCUUGUGAUGCCCCAGAAGUUGAUGAGACUUCUUUUGAAGCAUUUUGGGAUUUUCUAUGUCUCGGAGAGGGGGAAGAGGUUCAGUGUCUUCUUGAAGGAGGCGUUUGAAGGCUCGGAGCUCAUCGAGAAAGGGCCAUUUGUGCUUUGGAAGGAAAAGCUCCUGGGUCUUGCUGGUUACAGAGGAAAGAAGAAGAAAAUUCAAACGGCAAGUGACAUGUCAGACAUGGGAGAUGACGAUGAUGAUGAUGGCUUGUUUGAGAACGAUUCUGAGAAUGAAAACAUUGAAAUACAGCUUGAACAAGAAGAAGAUAAUAGCGCUGGCAGAUGGGUGGAGGAUGCUCUUCUAAGAGAUAACGAUGAGAUGGAGAUUGGAGACGUUAGCUGUGCAUACGAGGAUGCUUGAGGUCAAUAUAUUUUUGUUCACAAUUUAUUUAAGAAAAAAGAAGAUAACAUCUUUGUUAAAUAGAGUACGAUAGACCUCAUUCUAACCUGGAUUGGAAAAAAUGCACUCUGCAUUCGAUUAUGAGGUACUAGUUAUUAGUGGAAGAGUCGCAGUUUAGUUGAAAACAGGUUUUAAUGAAAAAGAAAAGUUGGAAGUU